AUGGCAACUACCAACAAAUCUCGGCGCCUCCGUAUUGGCGUCGACGUUGGGGGCACUAAUACUGAUGGUGUCAUUCUUGACCCAUCCGCACUGGCGUCACCCGAGAAGGGCAUACUGGCAUGGCACAAAACGCCAACGACUACAGACCCCAGCAGAGGUAUUAUCAAAGUCAUAACCACUAUGUUCAAUGACGCCGUUGUACGAACCAAGGAUAUCACUAGCGUCACCAUUGGCACGACCCAUUUUGUAAACGCCGUGGUAGAAAGAGAUGCAUCACGGCUUAGACGUGUAGCCGUCAUACGACUAUGUGGACCGUUUUCAAAACAUGUUCCACCGUGCACAGACUGGCCAUAUGAGAUGCGAGAACUGAUUUUGGGGUACUACGCCCUUGUUACAGGCGGGCUCGAGGUCGAUGGAAACUUGAUUUCCGAUAUUGAUGCGGAUGAAAUCAAGAGACACUGUGAGGUGAUUCGGGAGAAGGGAAUCAAUAGCAUUGUUGUAAAUGGCGUCUUUAGCCCCAUCGAUACUGUGGAACGGCAAGAAGAACGGGCUGCGACGAUAGUCAGCCAGGAAUUACCCGAUAGCCAUGUUGUCUGCUCGCGGGACAUAGCAAAUCUUGGCUUCAUCGAGCGAGAGAAUGCAUCCAUACUGAAUGCAUCCAUUCUACCAUUUGCGCAGAAAACAAUCCGGUCCUUUCAAGACCCCAUCAAGAAGUUGGGCUUGAAGUGCCCUGUUUUCAUUACUCAGAACGAUGGCACAAUAGUGUCAGGAGAAAUGGCAGCUCGCCUUCCUAUCCGAACUUUCUCAAGUGGACCGACGAAUAGCAUGAGAGGCGCAGCAUUUCUAGAAUCAGGGCAAUUAUCUCAAGCUGUCAUGGUAGUCGAUAUCGGCGGAACAACUACCGAUGUUGGCUUGCUCCAAGCGAAUGGGUUUCCAAGGCAGCAGGCAGCAUACAGCGAACUUGCCGGCAUUCGAAUGAACUUUUCUUGCCCAGAUGUGAAAAGCAUCGGUCUAGGUGGGGGCUCGAUUGUCAAAAAAGACGAUCACCUUGCGGUUGGCCCUGAUAGUGUCGGCCAUAGGCUGACUGCAGAGGCUGGUGUCUUUUGCGGAAAGAUAUUAACAGCCACGGAUUGCGCGGUGCUUGCCAGCCCUGAGCUCGAUAUUGGCCACGUUGGGCUUGCUCGAGGAUCUUUGAGUGAGAAGCAGACCAGCGAAGUCCAGCAAAUUAUUCGCAUCAAGCUGGAGCAAAUUGUAGACAAAAUGAAAACGUCACCGGAGGACAUUCCAGUCCUGCUAGUGGGAGGAGGAGCGAUACUUGCUCCCAAAAGCCUGAAAGGAGCCAGCAAAGUUCUGACGCCCAAGUGGUCUGGUGUUGCAAAUGCAAUAGGCGCGGCUAUAGCAAGAGUUAGUGCAGUGGUAGAUAUCAUUAAGUCGACGGAGAAUAAAACAACAAACGAGAUACUUGACGAGGUUAUCCAAAUGGCUGUGGAUAAGACGAUAUCCGCUGGCGCCUUGCCAUCCUCUGUUGAAAUCGUCGAGAAGGAUACCCUUCCUCUUCAGUACAUUGCUCAUAAAAAUAGAUGCAUUGUUCGCGCAGCAGGAGAAUUUGACUUUGAAAAUUAUCAAGACCAGGUAAUAGCCGAUGUAGAUGAGGCUGAUGAAGCAAGCUGUGACGACAUGGAAGAAUAUCCGCGGCAAGACGAAAACACAGAUAUAAGGCAGAAACGAGACGAUAUUGAAGAAGGUUUUAACAUCUUAGAUUACGAGCCCAAGGUUGAGAAUCGUGUCUGGUAUAUUUCCGAAACAGACGUGGAGUGGAUUUCAACAGGAUGCUACAUCCUUGGUACUGGAGGAGGAGGAUCACCGUAUCCAUUCAUGGUCAGGCUAAGAAAUCAGAUUCGCGACGGGGCCACCGUGCGAGUCGUCAACCCCCUCGACCUGAAGAACGAGGACCAAGUAGGGUGUGGUGGUGGCAUUGGCAGCCCAACGGUAGGCAUCGAAAAACUAAGCGCAGACGAAAUACUCGAGGCCCAAGAGGAGCUAUCCAAGAUUUGUGACCGGCCGGCAACACAUGUCAUCGCCCUAGAAAUAGGAGGCGGCAAUGGACUACAAGGCAUGAUCCUUGGUGCAAGCAACAACAUGAAUACUCCGUGUGUAGAUGGUGACUGGAUGGGUCGAGCAUAUCCUACAAAAUGGCAAACCACACCAGUCGUCUUCAACGAAAGAUCGCCAGUAUGGUCGCCAACUGCCAUGACAGACGGCAAUGGGAAUGUAGUUCUCAUGCCCAAGGCCAAAAGCGACCUUCAAGUUGAGAAGACCCUGCGGGCGGCGCUGUCUCAGAUGGGUUCUCACUGUGCAUUUGCAGACUCACCUGUGACUGGAGCUGAGACCAAACGAUGGGUGGUAGAGCACACAAUCUCUCAAGCAUGGAGAAUAGGCCGCGGAGUAGCCAGGGCCCGAAAGGAAAAUAGAGUGGACAAUGUGGCGGAAACAAUCAUCGACGAAUGUGGAGGGCCAGGGGCGGGUAAAGUUCUGUGGAAGGGCAAGAUAGUUGGUGUGGAGAGGAUGCUAAGAGGAGGAUAUGCUUACGGAGAAUGCUUAAUUGAAGGCACAGACGUACGGGGUCAUAGUGAUGCCAUCAGGGGUACGGCACGUGGCUCCUCAUUCCAAGGCACGAUCAAGGUUCCCUUCAAGAACGAAAACAUUGCUGUCCUGAGACUGCGAGACGACGGCAAACAGGAGCUUCAGCAGGACGUCUUGGCUAUAGCUCCGGAUCUCAUUACUAUAAUCGAUGCCCAGAACGGAGAGGCUAUCGGAACUCCAGAAUAUAGGUACGGUCUAUUCGUGGUGGUUCUAGGUUUGGCCGCCAGCGACAAAUGGACUGGAAGUGGGCGAGGCGUAAAGAUUGGUGGCCCAGAGGGUUUUGGCUUUGGCCAUUGGGCUUACACUCCUCUGGGAAAGUUUGUACGGCCAAAGAGUGUCAUUGACGAGUAUGACAGGAAGUAG